UUCCCGAUUACGCCCUUAUUACCAAGAAAGACACCGGGGAGCUGACAGCACGCAGAGGCAUCUUUGGACAUAACUGCGGCUUCUUAUUGGUCAGAAGUCUCGAGGCUUUGUGCGUAACGUCGCUCGCUGCAUACGCACGAGCCGAGAAGAGUAUUUCCCGGGAAGAGCUCGUGGAUAUUAAACUAUUUGGAAUUAUCUGAGAGUUUAGUCGCGGUUUGGGUCUAUUUUACAUGCCAAAGCUGGGGGAACAAACUGGAAAAGAGCAGACUUCAGCGCGAAGCUUCACAGUUUUCGCCACAAUAAUUGAACACGGGACGGUAGCCGAAGCGACGGAUCUGUUUCACCAUCCUCCUCAUCACCCUCAUCUUUAUCCCCGGUUCUGCUCGUCCCGUCUCCCCCUUCUCUGAUCACAGGUUAUCGGAUGGACCAGCAUCCCAGCGCCCGGAGCUGCACCAGUCGCGGGGCUUCGUCUUGCGAGGCCGUCCCGACUGAGCCCUCCAUGAAUCUGUACAUCCACUCCACCACCGGCACGCGCUUUGAGCUCUCCCUGCCCCUGGAGGAGACCGUGGAAGGACUGAAGAGGAGGCUGUCGCAAAAACUCAAAGUACCAAAAGAGAGACUCGCGCUGCUACACAAAGAAACGCGACUAAGUUCGGGUAAACUCCAGGAUCUAGGCAUAUCUGAUGGGAGCAAGUUAACACUUGUACCAACAGUCGAAGCAGGAUUAAUGUCUCAAGCAUCAAGACCAGAGCAGUCAGUAAUGCAAGCCUUGGAGAGUUUAACAGAAACUCAGGUCAGUGACUUUCUGUCUGGCCGCUCCCCUCUAACCCUGGCACUGCGUGUCGGUGACCACAUGAUGUUCGUCCAGCUCCAGUUGGCGGCGCAGCAGUCUGGAGGUCCCCAGCUUCAGCACAGACACCUCAUCACACGGGGCAACGCUGCAGACACUGCAGCGGGACAACCCACGGGGCAGCCGCGCGUUCCCCACCCUCACCCGCACUCCCACCACCACCACCACCACCACCACCACCCCCAUCAUCCACACAAUCAUCCUAGCCCCCACUUGUCCCAGCCUCAGUUGGUCCCUUCCUCCCCCUCCUCUCCCGGCUCGCCAUCCUUCCCCCUGCCCUCCACACAUCACCAGCCUCUCCAUCCUAUGUACCAGCAGUCAGCCCCCUCCGCUCACUGUAGCCCCCCUACGCCUCCUCCUCCGGCCCACUCCCCACGCCCGUCUCACAUCCCUGGAGGUCUUUUCCGCUCUCCAGCCCACCACCACCAUCAUCAUCAUCAUAAUCACCUCUACCACCAGCCUUCCUCAGGCCAACCCAGCCAAGACAUCGGCCAGGCCAGCCCUGUAGCCCCGGUCCUCUGCCCUGAGGCUAACUGCAGCACCAACAGCACCAACAGCACCAACAGUGGCAGCAGUCCUUCAACACGAUCCCGUAAACCUGGCGCCAUCAUUGAGAGCUUCGUCAACCACGCUCCCGGAGUCUUCUCAGGGACCUUUUCAGGCACUUUGCACCCUAACUGCCAGGACAGCAAUGGGCGUCCCAGACGAGAUAUCAGCACCAUCCUGCAGAUCCUUAAUGAUCUCCUGAGCGCCACACGCCACUACCAGGGCAUGCCCCCCUCCCUCACCCAGCUUCGCUACCAGACUCAGUGCGGUUCCCCCACCUCCCCUUCCCCAUCGCCACCUCCCUCACCCCCAGUCGUUGGCCUGACGGGCCUCUCCGCCAAAGCUACCUCUGUGCCCAGCCCCAGCAGCCCUGUGCCGACCCUUCAUCCGCUGGUGCAGUGCCAGAGCCAGAUACACAUGUGCAAACCCCCUGGUGACCGCCUACGCCAGACCGAGAACCGUGCAACUCGCUGCAAAGUGGAGCGCCUGCAGCUCCUGAUGCAGCAGAAGCGUCUGCGCAGGAAGGCCAGGCGGGACCAGCGGGCUCCCUAUCAGUGGCUGCCCAACAGGAAGGCGGGACGCAGCAACAGCAACAGCAGCAUGUCGAGCGAGGGCUCCCUGGACCUGGACUUUGACGAUUCGGUGUGGAAGCCGGACGUCAAGGCUGACUUGAAGUCCGAGUUUGUCAUGGCCUGAACGCGAUGCGCUGGGAGAUGGAUUCAAAGAUGUGCAAACAUUGGAUGGGAUUAAGUUUAUUUCAAGGGAGUGGAUCAGCAGGAGGUGACACAGAGAUCUGCUAAGGUGUUUUGUGGAAUGAGAAGUUGCCUCCCUACAGACUUUAAUCCCAUUGUGUCAUUCAGAGUUGACCUUGUGAAAAACAGCAACAAUAGCAGCAGAACUUUCUUUUGAUGCUUGGAUUUGGACAGCUGGACUUCACAGUGUACAAGACGCUUUACGGUAUGAUUACUGGAACUUGAGCAUAGCAGAAUUCAGUGGGUGGUGGUGGUGGUAUUUUGAGAUUUUUUUUCGUAAGAUUUGGUUUUUAAACGCACUCUGGACAGUAAUGAAGAGAUCCACACUGGACUUACUCACAGGACAGGAGCACCAGAGGCUUCAGUGUUUCCUAAUCCCAUGAAAAGGCAAAACUGCCAAACUAUGGAUUACUUCAACGGGCAUUCUUAUCAGUCUCGAAACUCUCAAACCAGAGUCUAGUUUUUAACCUGUUACGGGGCGGUUUAACUUUUUUUUUGUUCCAUUUUGAAACAUAUUAUUAUAUUUUAUAAACAAAAAAAUAUGUAGCAUUGUUCACAAAGCAUUCAGGUUUUCAUAUAACAGUUCAAAGUAGUGUUGAUUUGCACAUUUUCUUGAUUUAUAACAGCUGGUCAGAUUGUGCAAAGGAAGGAGGUGGGGCCUGAGAGAGAAAAAUGAAUAUGGAAGUAUUGAACCUCAGUGACAUAGGGUAUUGAUAGGAAUGAUUAAUGAAUAAACAAAAUGAAUUAAUAUUAACAGAAAGUGCUUUAGAGGAUUUAAAAAUCUUUAAAAUGUAUAUGGAAAAAAAUCUAUUUUUUAUUUCUCUUCCUAUCUGCUGUUUUCAAAAAACAGCAGCCCUGUGUGGCUUCAGUCAAGUCUUUGACUACCAACAAACACGUACAUCCAGUCAAUCAUCCAUCAGCUCGUUUCAUGGAUUAUAGUCACAAGAAAUGAUUUGGAAAAAUGAAUAUCAUCCAGCCCACCUCAUGUCUUACUGACCUGAAUGGAGUUGUUGAGGGUUUGUGUUAGUUUGUGUACAUAAAUGUGACAAAGGUUUAUGAGGGUGUGUGCGUGUGCGUUUGACUUUAGCAUAAAUUGAUUUUAGGAUUUUUGUUCGUCUUAUCUUCUCCCUAAAAAAAUCACAAAAAUCAGCUCCUCUUCUGAAUAAAUCCACAAUUAGUUCCCAGAUGUGGGCCCAUGUGACAUCUAAAUUCACCAGGUCCUCAUUAUAAUGGCUCUAUUUUUCUAUUGGCAAAGAGGGAGAAGACAUAAGCAUCCAGCAUCAUUAUCUAGUGCCUCCACCAGUACAUCCAUCGACAUAUCAGGUUAGGCCUUUCAUAGCUCCGCUGCUACAUACGGGGACUUGAAAUGAAAAAAAAGAGGGGAAAAGUGACUUUUCUUUGCAUGCAGACGUGUGAAUUACACUGAUCUUUUUCUAUUAUUGAAAGAUUAAAAAAAGAAACUGGUGCUGUGGGAAUGAAGGUUAACAACAUGCAUGAAUUUGUGAAGAAAAUAAAACAAUGCUGCUUUUGUUGGCUAGGUUUUUUUUUUUGUUUAAGAACAACAGUUUCCUGCUAAAGUAUUAACGACGCAAAACCAAAACAGAUGACGAUAAGCGUGGACUCUUGCGGCGUCUUACUCAGCACUGAACAUUCCUGUUGUGUUACAAUGAAGACGAUGACGAGCAAGUGACUCUCUCUGCUGGUUCUUUUUUACCCCCGUGACUCUCAAGGACCCAGACAGCCUAUGAACUGUUCAGCCACCUCCCCUCUCCCUCCUCCUCCUCCUACUCCCUAGCCUAAACACCAACCGAGGCUUGUGUGGAUUUUACAGAACUGUCUGUUACCCCGAGAGAAGCAUCCGGUCUGCCUCCUUUAUCUGUCUGUCUGUGUGAUCGAUCGACCACCCUACCACUAUUGCACUCCCAGAGAUUGCAGUGAGAGAUUACCUUUUUGGUGAACCUCAUCUUUUUUUUAAGUGGCCUUACCUUUCACUAAAAAAAUAAGACACUUGGGGACAAUUGGGGCGGGAAUGUUUUAUUGGUUUUUUUUUUCUUUUUUUUUAAUUUUCUGUGUGCAUUGUCGUCAGAUAUGUUGUCAUCAAGGCGCCAUUUUUUGUCACUGAGGACACUGGGCAUCCGUUGUUUAGUGCUUUUAGCUGGUGGAGUCUCUAUUAUGUCAAGGCUUCUGUGCCUUAAAAAUGUUGCCCUUGCUGUGUCAGUGUCAGAUUUUGUCUUUUUCAUUGGUUGAUCCACAGGACUGUAGUGUUCGCAGCCAGGAGAGGCUUAGAUUUUAGGGGUAAAGCUAAAUCAAAAUUGGAUUUCAAAGUUCCUCUGAUUCUGUCUUUGUCCUAUUUCUUCAUUGUGUCUUCAUUGUUUGAACAUCCCUUAUAACUCCCACCAACAAGCUGCAAACAAAUCUGUAUAACUUAAUUUAACUGAUCAAGUUUACAUCACAGUACUUAGAUGGCAAGAAGCAGCCGUGAUUCAGAGUAAGAGCAGUCCUCUGAGGACUCCAGACGACAUGCACUUCUUGUUUCUAACUAGGAUUAUUAAAGGACAAUUGAUCCCCCCUGCCCCACCCAAUUUUAUUUAAUUUUCUUUUUGUAUAUGUAUGAACUAUACUCUGUGUGUGCCUCACUUCUGUGUGAAACUCAAAAAGAAGACGAAACAAACAAAAAAGAAGACAAAAGCAUUACAGAGAGGAGAAAAAAACAGUACGUCAGUGGAAUUCUGAUCAUUUAAGUUGCCUGUUCUUUCUUGUAGCCAACUAUUGAAAAUAACAGGAUUCAAGAAAACAAUUUACAAUGUUCUAGCUCUAGACCGGUGUAGCACAUGUGUGACUGUAUUAAUUUAUGAAACCAAAAUGGUAACUGUGAAUUAUGUAUUUCUUUGUGCAUUUUUUAAAAAAAGCUGGGGGAGAAGGUUUUGCUGGGACACGGCAGUAGCUGGCUGCUUGUGUUCAAAAAAACUUUUUUUUUUUGUUUUUUUGUUUUUUUUUUUGGUGGAAUUUAAUGGAAACAUAUUUCCGAAAAAGAAAAAAAGGUUUAAAAAAAAUAAGAAAAAAAAGAAAAAAUAUAUGAAUAUAUUUUUUUUUCUUAAGCAAUACAUUUCAGUGUGACUUGUGAUAGAACAUUUUUCUUUUUUUAGGUAAUAAAUAAAAAAACAAAAUGAGUA